CACAUGAGGAAGGCUACAUUGUUGUAACUGUAAAUGGGUAGGCUACUUUUUGUUUGGGUAGCCUACCAACAUAGACCAGGGGUAGCCUACUCUGAAGACAGUUACAUUGUUUGAACACUGCAACUCUUCAAGGUCAACUACAGCGUUGGUCACUAUGGUAACAGAAUGACUCACAGGAAAGGGAGCGGGUCUCAAGCCAUCACUUUUGGGCUGGUAGUCUGCGUCUUUGUCAUCAUCACCAGCUCAUUUCAGCCGUUUUACAUGGACUCAGGUCGUUAAGUCUCUGGCCAGAUGGCCACUCUAAACGAUAUGGAGUGUUAUCAUCAAUAGAAAUGCAUACCUUUCCGACUCAGAAAUUUCUGACGCUUCCAACGUCUCUCGGAAACAGAGACCAUGACAUCAACUCUCAUUAUUUACCUUUGCACUGUGUUAGUAGUUACGGAGCCCUGGCACACAAUUAUGGAAAUUUGAGACUGUCUGGGGAAAAGCUGCCUGGUCCGAAGUCGUUUCUCUUGGAAACGAAAAAGAAAUGCCCAAUACAAAACAGCCUGAGGAGUGUCAGUGAGCUGGAUGCAAAAUGUCCAGGGAGUGUUGGAUCACCAAAGGCCAUAUUUCCCCCUGAGAAAAACGUCCUAGAAAAGGACAAAAGUGGGAGGCAUUUCUUGUUUGAUAGAAGAUGGAAAAAUGGAGAAUUCAGAGAUGAGAUGUACCUCAAACCAACCUCUGCUGUGUGUCCUCUACCUCGACCUUAUCGGGUUCAGAAAUCAAAUAAUUUUCAGCGGUUUUCACUAUUUAGGCAGGCCUGUAAUAACCCCUCUAAGCCAUGUUGCCCUUUUGAAGGUUAUGAUCUCACUUCAGUUCCAAGUCGUCUGUUACCAGCUACCUCAGCAGUCCCUGAGAAGUCGUUCUCGGUGGACAUUUUUAAACACAGAUCAAGAAUAAGUAAUCGCACAUGCAGCCUUUUUACUAUUGGUGCAAACCACAAAAGUCAGUUCUUUCCUGAUCCGGUGGCGGGGGCGCCGGCCUCCUUCAUCCAGAGGCUCUCUGAGAUCUCAUCGCUGGAGGGGGAGACCCUCCGACAGGAGAAGAUGAAGAAGAUGAAGAAGAGCAGGAAACAGGACUAAUGGCCAGCACUUCAGCUGACCCUCUCUGGCCACAGAUCUGGCCUAGUGAAGACACACGGGGGUCCACACACUGUUGAAUCCCCCCCCCCCACCC